UUAAUAAACUAGAUUUGUGCGCAUGCGCGGCAGGGUUGACUUCGCCGUAGAAUACUUACGCAUGCGCGAUGCAAGAAAAGUGACGUCAUAUCAAGAUGGCUGCCCACUCUGAGAACAACACAGAGGUGACUCUGAUCCUGGACCCAGAGAAGAGCACAUAUCUGGGUCAUGCUCCUCUGUACCAAUCAGCUGAUGACCCUAACACAUACUACCUUGAUGAAGCCCUGACUGUGAAAGUGAACUUGUAUACCACUGUAACCAAGCAAGAGGAUACAGUGUAUAUCCUGGAUUCUGCACCACUGCCCCAAAACGAAGCCUUUAACAAAGAGCAAACACUCUUUCUGAUCGAUUUAAUGCGGCAGCAGCUGGAGGCAGAAGGCGAAAGCGUCCUUCGAGUUUUAAAGGAGCUGAAUCCCAGAAUAAAGUCGGGUAAAAGCCGCAAAAAGCACAUGUGGAGGGAGAUAACAUCUAGACUCUCCAAACACUUUCAGCAAAUCUUCCAUCCUGAUCAUGUGGUAAGAACAUGGUACGCUCUCGAGGAUGAGUACAAAAAAGCGAAAGACGAUAAUAGAACAACUAAACAAGAAGCCGUGAGCUUCCAGUAUUUUAAUGAGAUGGAAGAGCUGCUGGGUGGGCAUCAUGAUGUGGAAUUUCCUGUUGUUGGCACGGUGAAGGGUGUAGAGGUGCGCAGACCAAAGGCUUUGAAUGUGGAUUGUGGUAGAGACUCGCCCGCGAUGGCGCACACAGAGGAGGCUACGCCGGCAGCGACGCCGACAGAUUCAGCGACGUUGACAAGACCACCUCCGUUCAAACGCAAGAGAACCAACAAGCACUAUUUGGCUCUUCUGGACUUUUUAAAAGAAUCUACAGCAGCACGUCAGCGACGCCACGAGGAAACUCUGGCCCAGAUGAAAUCUGCGCAGGAUGGGUUUGAGGCGUUAAUGAACAGAUUCCUGGACAAACUUUGACCUUCUCUUGGUCCCUCCCUAAAAUUGACUUGUUUCCUUGCUUAUUUUUUUUUUUUUUUUACAAACACAGUAAAAUGUUACUAACCGGACAAUAUAAAAAAAAAUCUUUUAUACUGAUUUAAGUUUUUUUUUCCCUUACCUACUGACAUUUCCUGAAGAUAUUCCCAAAACCUGAAGUAAUAACGUUUACAAACUCGUAUUUCUUUUCGAUGAUGAUUUCUGUUUCCUUGUGACGAAGCAUUAUUGCUGGUUUUUAUUUACUUCUUUGCGAUUGCGAACUAUUUGUGCCGAAAAAACUGUAAAAACUGAAGUAAAUAAAACCAUAAGCAAACCAAAUGAAUGAAAUACGUGUGAAACACAAGUCGAAACGUUUUAGGAAAAAAGCAUGUUCACACCCCGUAACGAACACUUUUCUAUUUUACUUUUGGAUAAAAGUCUACAGAACGUAUUUUGACAUUUUAUUUUUAUUAAAUUGUAUUUUUAUUUAUUUUAUUUUUUAUUGUUUCAAUAACAAACGAUGGAACAGAGAACAAAAUACAAUGCCCUAAUAUUACAAUUUAAAAAUAAUAACAUAAAAAUAAUUUAAAAAAUACAAAUAAAGGGCAUCGAACAAUAUAAAUAAUUUAGAAAAGAGGACUUAAAUGAACAGUCUUGUGAAAGUCCACAGUUUUGUCCAAAGUCCUUUUUCAAAAUAACUUUUAAUGGACAAUGUUUGGUUUUUCUUUUCAGACCACUUUACAUUUCUGUAAAUGAAACUUUUCUAAAUAAAAUAAAAACUGCUAUA